AUGAGUACUUCCAACGAGGCUAGCGGCAGCACGGCGGCCGGUGCUGCCGGAGGCGGUGGCUCCGGCUCGGGCUCCGGUGGACCAUGCGGGGCAUGCAAGUUUUUGAGGAGGAAGUGUGUGGUGGGCUGCAUAUUUGCCCCGUAUUUUGACUCGGAGCAAGGGGCGGCCCAUUUUGCGGCGGUCCACAAAGUGUUUGGGGCCAGCAACGUGUCCAAGCUGCUCCUCCACAUACCGCUGGCCCGCCGCUUGGAUGCGGUUGUCACUAUUUGCUACGAGGCCCAGGCCCGUCUCAGGGACCCAAUUUAUGGAUGCGUGGCCCACAUCUUCGCCCUCCAUCAACAGGUGGUCAAUCUCCAAGCUGAGCUCAACUACCUGCAGGCGCACCUCGCCGCCUUGGAGAUCCCAACUCCGCCACCGGCGCCGCCACAGCCGCUGUUCUCGCCGCUGCAAAUCCAGUCAGUUUCCGAUCUGCCGGCGGCUUACGACCUGUCGUCGUUUUUCGACAACCCCUCGUUAGCCCUUUAUCAGCGUCAGUUUCAGAACGUAUCCCCCGCCGGCAGGGUCCCGCCAGAGAUUCCGUUGUCGGCCGCCUCCGGCGGCGGCGGCGAUCUUCAGGAGUUGGCGCGUGAGCUUCUGAGCAGGCACGCGGCGCCUGUAGUGCCCUGCAGAGAUCAUCAAGUUUCAGCUUUGCCGCCACAUUCGAGGUGAAUUAAUUAAAUUAAAUACAAACCCAAAAGGGAAAGGGAAAAAAAAAUGAAUUAAAUUAAAAAGGGAAAUUAAGAGAAGAAAAAUUAAUUGAAGCGAAAUUGUUAGAUCAAUCAAGUAGUAGAGGAUCCGACCCGCUUGUGGAAAUGGGUUUUGAUGUAAUGUUUUUGUAAAGUGGGCUCUAACUUGUUCUCUGAUCGACUAAAAUAAUCGAUCGGGGGAUUUUUCUUUAAUUUUGGUCUUUAGUUAUGUUUUAAUGCACUCUUUUUCCAUCUCUAAUUGUUCUCUCUCUGGUGACAAUAUUUCAU